AUGUUGAUUGCUCCCGUAAGUGACUUGCUAGAAGGAUCUGAAAUCAUUGUUGUUCCUGAUCGCUGCCUCUUCCAAGUUCCGUUUGCAGCAUUACAUGAUGAAUGUAGCCGCUACUUAUCAGACACUUUCAGGAUACGCAUUGUCCCUUCUUUGACGACUCUCAAGCUCAUUCUGGACAGUCCAGCGGGCUCUCACAGCGAAACUGGUGCAUUGAUUGUGGGUGAGCCGAAUGUAACGGAUGUGUAUUUCAAGGGAGAGUUAAGGUAUCUCUGUAAAUUGCCUGGCGCGAAAGCGGAGGCACAGAUGAUUGCAAGACUCGUACCUGAAUCUCACCUUUUAAUUGGAGAGCAAGCAACAAAGCAGGCGGUUCUCCAGAGACUACCUUUAGUGAGUCUCGUACAUUUCGCUGCUCAUGGUGAUGCCGAAAGAGGAGAAAUUGCUCUUACCCCACCUCACUCUGCAAUGCGUCCUCCACAUGAAGCAGACUACUUACUCUCAAUGGCCGACAUCUCACAAGUUAGACUAACCGCCAAACUGGUGGUCCUUAGCUGUUGCCAUACCGCACGUGGACAGAUCAAAACAGAAGGCGUUGUUGGAAUCGCUCGAGCAUUCUUAGGAUCGGGUGCACGCUCAGUAGUGGUGGCAUUGUGGGCGUUACAAGACGAUGCAACAGAGCAGUUCAUGAGAAGAUUCUACGAAAACCUUGUCCAAGGAGAAAGUGCAAGUGAAUGUCUUCACCAGGCCAUGAAGUGGAUGCGAAAUAACGGUUUCUCUGAAGUGAGGCAGUGGGCACCUUUCAUGCUGAUUGGGGAUGACGUGUCAUUCCACUUUGGUGAAGAAUUAAAAGUAAAGUGAAGGUAAUUGCUUUCCAAUAAUAAGGGCCAUAGGAAGUCUGCCAGGUCUUUUUGUAUUGCAGUUUUAUCAACUUUACAUCAUGUACUUUUAAGUACUAAAUAAAAAGCAGUAUUUACACAUAUAUGCCACAUUGUUGACUAAAUCUGAAGUCAGCUUUUACAAUGAAUGAGGUAAAAUAUCAAUCAACUGUUUUUUUAACAUCGAAGAUACUAAACAAUACUGACCGGACGCUUCAGCUAGCGCUCCGCGUCAUCGCAUAUGUGUAUUUGUUGUUAGGCUAUAGUUAAGAUCAUUUCUUCUUUUUCUUCGUCGACUAAUGUUACUUUUAGUUGUAUUAAGUUGUAUUUUUUUUCCUGUAAACAUGACCCGCCUACCCGCGAGCAUGUUAUAAUUAUACUUUUACCUCAAAACACAAAAAAAAAUGUAUGUAUAUAUGUAAACACCACAAUUAUUUGACCACACUUCAGUAUUUAUCAGUCAAAAUCACAACCUAUGCAUAUGUGAGGCUUUGCAUUUAAAAACAAAAACACAAAAGCCCCGUAUUCCUGCAAUAACACAGAAUGAUUUUAAAUCUUUUCUCUUUUCCUUAUAUAUGAAGCACAAAUAAUUGAAUAUUGUUUCGGAAUAAAAAUAUUAUGGCGGAGAUCUAGAUCUGAAAAUUGAUCGAAAACCCCGAAAACUACAAAUUGUGGACUGUGUAUGGAGUUUUGACCGUAACUAGAGGGCUUUUCACGGACACUAACUGAAGUACAGCAGUACACUGGUUCUAAACGUGGACCAAAGAGGAAAGACUGAGAUUCAAGAGGUCAUCAAGGAAAGAAGUUUCAAACCUAUUUUAGCUGUGCACCCUGUUUUUCAUUUAUGAUGCCAGUAAUUGGAAAGUUUUAGCGGUGAGAUAAAUUUAAAUAAGUAAUUAAACCUCUUCCGUGACAAUAAAGCCGGAGGAUCCCUCUUCCAUGUAAAGUGAACCUAAAUGCCAUUUACCUCAGCCGAAGUCUUUUGUAAUGAAUAUAUGUGUUUUACUAAUUUUUAUGUUUCCUAUACAUUACUGUUGCAGGUAUUACACUAACGACACACCAUCGAAUAACAAAACAGCCCUUCCGCUGAAUUCCAAUGAGGUAGUUCGUGGUGGAAAAUGUAGAGGUCAACCUCUUCAGCAUACGAACAUAACCCAGACAAGAAGAAUUCAAAAGAGAACUGACUUGCUUGGCCCAGCCGCUCAUGUUUGUCGACUUAAUUAUUUUUCCCACUGAUUUUAAUCUGUGUGUGUGUGUGGGUGUGUGUUUGAGUGUAGGUACCUUGAAUACUCUAAUCUCUAAAAUGUCUUGCAAAAGUGCUGAUCACCAGCUUUGUAAAAGUGUACAUCGGUAGCUCGGACAAUGAUACAACUAUAAUUGCGACACGAAUAACAUUUCCCUAUCUAUUUAGGUUAUUUGUUAACUUACUUUCUUAAUUAGUUCCCAGGGCUACAACUAAAAAAUACUUUUCACGUAAACGAGAUUCUUAAUGCAAAUUGAAGUGCAAAUGCAAACAACACUGCAAGGUUUAUAGUUUAGUAAAAUUGUAUAUAUUUUAGAAUCAAUCUCUCCGUGAACAUAGAAGUAGUAAUUUUGCAACCUUGUCCAAACUCCAAACUAGUCAUCACAGUUGUAAACUAAAGGUUAUUUCAUUGUGUGAUGUUCAUGCCGGAG